AGUGAUGGAAGAACUCACCGCUUUCGUGUCCAAAUCCUUUGAUCAGAAAGUGAAGGAGAAGAAGGAGGCGAUCACGUACCGGGAGGUGCUGGAGACGGGCUCGGCCAGAGGCAGGGACGCGAUGUCGGUGGAAGCAGGUCGCGAGGACGCCAGCAUUAUAGCGCGAGGAGCCGCACGUUCACCCAUCAGAGAGAUGGACAUGACGGGACAGGAGAGGACGAGGGACACGGGGAGUCCCAAACUUACCGACAGUAUAAUGGAUGCAAAAGAACGUAAAGAAGACACGAAGCCGAUGGAGGACGAGACGCAAACCAAGAUCAAGCAGAGGAGAAGUCGGACUAACUUUACCCUGGAGCAGCUGAACGAGCUGGAGAGGCUGUUUGAUGAGACGCACUAUCCGGACGCGUUUAUGCGGGAGGAGCUCAGUCAGAGGCUCGGGCUGUCUGAAGCGCGUGUCCAGGUUUGGUUUCAAAACCGGAGGGCCAAGUGCAGAAAACAGGAGAAUCAGUUACACAAAGGGGUGCUCAUCGGAGCCGCCAGUCAGUUUGAAGCGUGCCGCGUCGCGCCAUAUGUCAACGUGGGAGCUUUGCGCAUGCCAUUCCAACAGGAUAGUCAUUGCAACGUGCCCCCCUUCUCCUUUCAGGUGCAGGCGCAGUUGCAGCUGGACAGCGCCGUGGCCCACGCCCACCAUCACCUGCACUCUCACCUGGCGGCGCAUGCGCCCUACAUGAUGUUCCCGGCUCCGCCGUUUGGCUUGCCGUUGGCCACGCUGGCGGCGGAAUCCGCAUCAGCAGCGUCGGUGGUCGCGGCGGCCGCAGCAGCAAAGAACAGCAACAAGAACUCGAGCAUCGCCGACCUCAGACUGAAGGCCAGAAAACACGCGGCAGCGCUCGGACUGUGACACGAAAACCACAAAACAGACAGCAGUCAAGGACGUUAUUUAUAUUUCUUAUGAAGGACGCGUGUGUCUUCAUAACAGGACCGACUAUUUAUGACAAAUAAACUCUGCAAUAAACUGUGAAACUGAAACGCAUCUCCGUGCGCAAAAGGAGCCCGAAACAAGAACUCGGACGCGUCUGAGAUGGAAACGCUGAGACGGAAUCAGUUGUCCAAGACUAACGACAUUCCGCACGAUGCGAUCACGCAGCUGGGAGGUUCUGCUCUUGUCUGACAUGGCGAACACAUCUGCGUCUGCUUUCACUGCUACCUUAUGAAUUCACUUUAAAAAUAAAGAGGCUGGCCUCGAUUUAUCUUGUUUCUUGGGACAUGAAACGUGUGGAUGUUUGUGCGCAAAGACUGCAACCGAAUAAAGGGUUUUCCUUUCUAACGUGCCACCAUCACCUGUAACAGGGUGGCAUCCUGGCAGCUGACGUCAGCUAAAAUACAAGGUCCAGGUUCCUGAACCUCACCUUCCUGACCACAUCUGGGUUUGAGCCAGUGGCGUGACUAUAGGAGCUCAUGGGCCCCAGUCCAAAAAAAAUUUUGGGCCCCCUCAACAAAUUUCUCACACACACACACACACACACACACACACACACACACACACACACACACACACACACACACACACACACAAAUUUUAUUCUAUUCCAUAUAUAUCAGUGUUUGCUAUAUAUUUUCUGUUUGGCUUGCCAUAAUACAUGCAUAAUACCUGCAGCCAAUGGGGGGCAGUGAGGUGGGUGGUUGAGUUCAUGUCAUGGAGUGCAAUCCCCCCCCCCUCAGUUACGCCACUGGUUUGAGCCGGGAUGAAAAACACACAUAUUAAUGGUGAAUUCACACAUAUCAGAUCUUUAUUCAGUCCAGUAUCCACAUGUGCAGCUCACACUGAGGUCCAAGUAUUAAUGUACAGACUAAACUGAGGAGAUUUUUGGGUGUAUAAUAUAAAUAAAUUGAUAAAUCGAUGCGGUACGGUUACAUGUACAGUGAAAUAUUUUGUUUUGUGCUUCAUGAUGACAUCGUGGGAACAUUUUUGGUUUCUUGUUUAGUUUAUUUUAUUUCUUCACCGUGUAAAAUCAUGUGGCUCACUGUAAAAAUCUUGGUGUUUUUUUAAAUAUUUAAUUAUAAUAAUAAUUAUAAUAAUUAUUAUUUUUUAUAAACAGUAAAGUGAACGCACCUCAACUGCAGGCUCGGAUCUCCUGGAAUAUCACUGAAUACGAUAUUUUACCAUUUUUAAAAAAUAUAUAAUUUCAUCAUUACUGUGAAACGUAAACUCACCUGAACACAGUGUUUUCGAUGCAUAAUAAAUC